UAGUUUUGGGGUCUCCAGAGGAUGUCAUCCAUAAAAUUAAAUCAGUGUGGCCUAAGGCUGAGUAGAAUCAGCGCAGUGACCAAUAAUACAUGAUAAAAUAUAACUUGUCUUAGAUUGGAGACAUUUGCGGAAUUUUGUUAUAAUUGCAAUAUGAUGUUACAGAUACAUCAGUCCAUUUAUUGAUAAUACCGUCGUUAAAUAUGGUUGGUUAAUUUCCAUACGCGUUAUAUUCAUGGUAUUUAAAUCCCCUCGUGUUGGCUUACUAGUACAUUAAAAAACAAGUGCAUAUUGUUCACACCGUCACAGAGGGCGAAUGUGUCAAACGUGUGUUGCCUAGCAACUGAAAAAUACCCCGUUCACUGUUGUUCACGGGUCUCUAUAUAUGGUGACGUGAUGCCUGUGUCAACAAGCACUAUUCCGUGACGUUGCAGCUAUUGUUUGUCCAGGGGCUAGCGCAUUGUCCGUUCUUGUCUUUACUUGUAAACAAACACGUGACGUCACCGUUAGGUUCAAAAGCCGCAACCAUCUUCUGAUUGGUCAGUAAUAUCACGUGGUUAACAGACGCGCCAAUUUACAAAUUUACAGCGUGACCCAAAAGGAAACACCACAUUUCACGGUACAGCAUUCUAGCUGCUUCAUCGGAGAAAAUACUUCUUUAUAGUCGGAUUUUGUUUUCACUGUCGGACACGUGAUGGCGUCCCCGUCACCAUGCGAUUACAGUCGACAACUGCGAUGUACAAGAUCACCUGUACAGAGGUUGGAUUUCCGAGACUCUUUCGAUUCAUCGGGAGAAGAAGACGUCCCCGAUGGACCUUUUAGCAUCACGCCGCCAACACCGUCUAUUUGCCGUUCCUUGAACAUUAAUAACAACAAUAAUAACUUUGAUGAGAUACCGUUUUGGGAUCCUGACUUCUCUAGUCCACCGGCGAGUCCGGCAACCAACGAUAAAUUCACCCGCCAGCGAAAUGUUUCACCAAUGGAUUUCUCCAAAUUGUGUAGUCCCGCGUCGACGACGACGUCACCAGACUUUGAGUUCAAGCGUCCGAGCACAGUUCCUGACACGCCAAUUCCACACAAGCGGAUGAGGAACCUCAGACUUUACGACACUCCACAUACACCGAACACUCUUUUGAAAAAAUCAACUACGAACUCGUGUACUCCAGACAACGGGCAACGAAGCCUAACAGGAGCUCUUUUUUCAGGUGGAAAUUUAUCGUCGGAAAGAAGGAGGCCGCAAUCGGCACCAAAACAGCCAAAGAAACCCACUGCAAACGUCAAUCCAUUUACACCAACCGCCUUACUUGGCAGCGUUUCAAAAAAGAGAUCAAGGCGAGAUUUUAGGAAUGUUAUGGACAGUGACAGUGAUGAAGACUGGGAUGACGAGGAAACUCAAGGAAAUCCAUCAAAAAAAGUUGCGCUACGAGAAAGUAAUAUUUCUAGGUAUAAUGAAGAGUUUGUAGAAAUCUGCAAAAUUGGAGCUGGAGAGUUCGGAUCUGUGUAUAAAUGCAUAAACAGACUUGAUGGAUGUUUUUAUGCUAUUAAGAAAUCAAAAAAACCUGUCGCGGGGUCCGUUGACGAACAAAUGGCAAUGAAUGAAGUAUAUGCGCAUGCUGUAUUAGGAACCCAUUUACACGUUGUCCGGUACUACUCAGCCUGGGCGGAAGACGACCACAUGAUUAUCCAGAAUGAAUAUUGCAACGCUGGCAGUUUAGCAGAUGUCAUCACAGAAAACAGGAGAAGUGGAAAAGUACUAUCUGAACGGGAAUUGAAACAAGUUUUACUGCAAGUUGCUGAUGGUUUACGAUACAUACAUUCACUGGGGUUGGUUCAUAUGGACAUCAAACCUGGGAAUAUUUUUGUACACAGAAAAGAACCCAUUCACAAAUCACCUGGUAGUGAUGGUUGCCAAGACGACAGUUGCGGUGAUGAAGAGGAAGAAGACGACAACUACUUAUCCUCUGAUAGGUUUCCAACAGUUUAUAAAAUUGGUGAUUUAGGUCAUGUGACAUCGAUAGCUAAUCCCAAGGUUGAGGAAGGUGAUGUCAGGUUCUUGCCAAAUGAAAUCUUACAAGAGGAUAUUUCCAAUCUUCCUAAGGCAGACAUCUUUUCUUUAGCGCUCACCAUUCUGAUGGCUGGUGGUAAAGGCCCUUUACCCAUGAAUGGGGAUAUGUGGCAUAGGAUACGAUCAGGUGACCUGCCACGCCUUCCACAAUGUUCAGAUGAGUUCAACGAUCUUCUUGUCAGUAUGGUGCAUCCUGAUCCUCGUGCGAGGCCGUCAGCAGUGACCUUAGUUCAACAUCCAUUGCUGUGUCCGUUUACUAAGCGAUCUGUGAAUCAACUGAAAAAGGAACUUAAUGCAGCCAAGUUUCAGAAUGCUAUUCUUUCCAGGGCACUUACAGAAGCUCAAAAACAGAACGAGAAUGCAAGUUUUCCAAGACUAUCCACCAAAAAGACACGACUUAUUGGAAGAAAAAUGAACAGGAGUAUAAGCCUUACGAUGUAGCUCAGAGCAAAACACUGUGUAUUAUAUGUUAAUUUUCUCAGAGUUUGAAAAGUUUUAAUUACUGUUCAUUCUAAAUUCCGCUGUAAAGUUUUAUUGUAGAUAAGAUUUUAUUGUAGUCUUAAUGUUUGACUUGAGUCGCUAGAUAUACUGCCAAACCAUCACAACCAAUUAGGUGUUUUAUCCAAUUAGAUGUGUCCUUUUAACAGUACCCAUGUUUUAUAUGUAAAUAACUUAUUUUAGUAACAAUCAAAGUUUUUAUUCUCUGUGCUUCCCAAAAUAAUUGUUUUUAAAGUUUUGUACCAUAAUACAAUCAUGUUAUUUUGUUUAUAAAAUUAUUUUUACCGUCUUCAAUGCCUCAAUAUUUGCUGACGUAAUCAUGUUCUAUUUAUCAUCACAUAUUUUGAAACUUGUUCGACUUGAAUACUGCCAAUAGUUGUUGUUUUAAGUUUAACAUUUCCUCCAGCAAUAAUUUGACCCAAAGUCAAAUACAGACUCAAAUAUUAUUCUGACGCCAAUAUUGAUUGGUUUGGUUUUGUUCUUUUGUAUCGAAAGACAGCAAAUGU